AGAUUUCAGGAGAGAUUAGUUUCCAGUCAGUCACCACUAAUUCACGGAACCUAGAUUGGAAAGGUAAAGGCGACUGCACCUUGCUCAUGUCUAGUCAAUGGCAUUUUGAGGUGGAUAGUAAAUCUCUUCCGUUACCAUCCUCGGUUCCGUGCUGGAGAAGAAACAAGCAUUUCGUUUAUUCCACGAAGUAUGGAUGUGGUACUUCAUUCGUCCCAUUACGAUAAGAUUCAAGAUGCGUGAUUCUGCUGAGAGCGAGGUUGAUUCAGCUGUGCCUCUGAUGUAUUUGCGUCUUCGAGGUUGAUAUUAUUUCAUUUCGUCAGCACCCUUAGGACUUAAUCGAUAACGAAUGAUUAUAAGCCCGCGGGCUUUCUGCACGUGAUGAAGUCAGCCAAAGUCUACGGAGCCCCUCGCAUCGCAGACACGACAAUGCGUCCUGUUUCAGGCAGGGAGACUGAACAGGCUAUCAUCGCUAUGAAAAAAGGGAGCCGGCUAUUGAAGUACGGUCGGCUUGGAAGGCCACGAGCAUGCUACCUUCGGGUCACAACGGACGAGUGCGACCUCGUAUACAUCUCUGGCGACCGCGAGAAGACGUUUCCUCUCGCCAAUGUCAGCCAGAUCCUGUGGGGCCAACGACCGGGCAGCUUCUCCCGGUCGUCAAGAGGCGACAAGGACAACCAGUCCUUCUCCCUCAUCUUCGGCGAAGGGGAACGGCCGCUAGACGUGGUGUGGAAGGACACUGAGGAGGCGGAGAUGUGGUACACUGGCCUGCGUGUCCUGGUGGAAAGGAAUCGCCGGCCCAAAUCAGAGCGGCUAGGGUUGAGCCACCGGCGAUCAGCGUCCAUGACCCUGGAUGAGCUCCACGAGUGGUCUCCCAACAUGUCCCCCUUCCGACAGAGGGUUGAGUCAUCCCCUCCUGUGGACAGGACUCAAAAUGGCAGUCCUGUAGACGAGACAAACCCCCCCGAGAGCUCAGGCACAGGCGCAGGCGUAGGCACGGAAAUGGGUGUGGGAGCAGGAACAGGCAUGAACUUCUCGAGAUCAGCACAUGACAUGUCGUCUCUGAAUGAGAGCAUUCUCGGGAAAAGCUCCCUGUUUCCUGGGAACUCCCUCUCUGCAGCAGGUGGAUUGUCUGGGUCUAGUCGCACGUUUCCUGGCAGCGGCGGCAGUGUGAACCAGCCGUGCAGCGAAGCAGGCACAGAUGCGAGUGACUUGGACGAUUUUUCGGACACGUUAUCUAUUAGUGGUGUUUCCAUUCACUCCUUACCCCCCUCCUCUGCCGCUGCUACCACUCCUUCUCCCUCAAUUCCCACCACAACCACCACCACCACUUCAACCGCAAAUACCAGUGCUGCUGCCCAUGCCAGCGGUGCUAGCCCUGCUAGUGCCAAUGCUUCGUACGCAGAAGCCCCUGGUUACAGCACAGUAAUUCCUUCCUCUCGGUCAGCAGAUCGUGCCGAACCACUCCCCGGACUGCCUGCUAGAGCUUUUUCCGCAGCUUCGAGUGACGGGUCUGGUUAUCUGCCCAGCGCAGCAAGCAGCAGCACGGGGGACGAUGGGAGUGAGAUACUGGGAGACCUUUUUAUGUGGGGCGACGGGCUCGGGGAUGGGGCGCUAGGAGGGGGCGGAUUGAGGAAACGCGGGAAGAGCAGUGCGAUUCCGAUCCCGGGGUUUGAUUCCGUGACACCGAAACCGCUGGAAUCGGGGGUGGUGCUGGAUGUGUGCCACGUGGCAUGUGGGGAGGAGCACGCUGCGCUGGUGACGAGGCGGGGGGAGGUGUUUUGCUGGGGGGAGGAGGGAGGGGGAAGGCUGGGGCAGGGGCGCGAAAGGGACUUGGAACACCCGAAGCUUGUGGAGGGGUUGGAUGGGGUCCAAAUGGAUGAGGUCGCCUGUGGCAGUUUUGUCACUCUCGCUCUCUCCAGGGCAGGGGAGGUGUUUCUCUGGGGGGACGGCCGCAGGUGCAGGGGCCUGCUGGGGGUGGGGGGAUACGAGGACAUGCCCCAGUGGGUGCCCAGGCGCGUGGGUGGCGCCCUGGACGGGGUGCAUCUGGUGCAGGUGGCAUGUGGGCCAUGGCAUGUGGCGGCUGUAGCGGCUACAGGGCAGCUGUUCACAUUUGGGGACGGCACGUUUGGAGCGCUGGGGCAUGGCAAUUGCGACAUCGUCUCAGCACCCAAGGAGGUAGAGGCACUUCGAGGCGUGAGGGUAUCUCGCGUUGCCUGCGGUGUCUGGCACACAGCGGCAGUCGUGCACGCUCCCACUACUCCAGAUGCUGCUAGUGAUCCAAAUGCUCCUAGUACUUCUACAGUUGGUGGCACAGUAGGGGGUGUAACAGGGGCGUUUGAAGCAGGGAGGCUAUACACAUGGGGUGAUGGAGAUAGGUACAAGCUGGGGCAUGGGGACAAGCAGCAGCAGCUGCUGCCCAAGGCAGUGGACGCUCUCAGCCAAAUAGACAUCUCCCAGGUUGCAUGUGGGCAGGACAUCACAGUGGCUCUCACCCCAUCAGGCCAUGUGUAUGCCAUGGGGUCGGCAGCACAUGGUCAGCUGGGGAAUGCUCAAGCUGAUGGCCACCUUCCAGCCCUUGUGUCUGGGCCCCCGCUGUUCAAGCAAGUGGAGCAGAUAGCAUGCGGCAGCCACCACACAGCAGCGCUCACAGCGGCCUCAGACCUCUUCACGUGGGGCAAGGGCAGCCACGGGCAACUGGGGCACGGGGACACUCGGGACAAGGAGGUCCCAACAAGGGUUGAAGCAAUCAAAGACCAGAGGGUGCUGUCGGUUUCCUGCGGCCCUGCCACCACAGCGGUGGUAUGCCAGCACCGGCAUGCACAGGGCUCAGACCACCACCACUGCACGCUGUGCCGGCAGGCCUUCUCCUUCGCCCGCAUCCGCCACCACUGCUACAACUGCAGCCUGCCCGUCUGCCAUACCUGCAGCCCUCGCAGGCUGCUAGGGGCUGCCAUGGCACCCACCCUCUCCCGCGCCUACCGCGUCUGCGACACGUGCUUUGUUAAGAUGAGCAAGGGAUCGAGUGGCAACAGUAGCAGCACCAGCACCAGCAGCAGCUUUAAGGGAGGUGGUAGCAGCAGUAGCAGCAGCAGCAGCAUCAAGGGAGGUGGCAGUAGUAGCAGCAUUGGUAAGGUCGGCAGUAGUGGCGCGGGUGCUAUCAGCAGUGGUGGCAGUGGAAUCGGCAUAAACUCUAGCUUAGGCAGCAUCAGCAGCAGUGGCAGUUUAGGAGGGGCCGCUGGGAGUGGGGGAGGAGGCAAGCCAGGGCUCUUUACCAGUAGCAGUGCUGGGGGAAGUAGUGGUGGUGGUGGUGGUGGGAAUCUGCCCAAAUCAAAGGCUCCUGCAUCUGCAGGGUCCUUCUCAGGAGCACCUGGGUUUUCUCCUGGCAAUGCUGCAGAGAGCGCCCAGGUGCACACACGCAGCAGUGAAGGGGUGGCGCCACCACUCCCCAUGUGGGGCCCCGUCCCUCCCCCUCCGUCAUUCGCCUCUCUCACUUCUCAUCGAGCCUUUGGCCCUGUGAGCUACCAGUACCCCCAUGCGCAGAACCAACAGCAGCAGCAGCAGCAGGGACAGACGGCCACGCACAGUCAAAGCCUCCUCCGCAAAUCCCCGCCCCCUCAGCCGCACCACGCCAUUCCCUCCUCUAAUAGCUCCGUCUCUUCCUCCCUCCCCAUCCUCCCCUCUGGCUUCCUCUCUCACUCUUCCUCCUCGUCCUCCUCUUCCUCCUCUCCCUUUUUCUCCUCUUCCUCUUCCUCCUCCCCUUCCUCCUGGCUCUUCUCACAACCUAAUGCCUCUGUAUCCGCCAGCAUGGCUAGUCCAGGACCCUCCUCCUCCCUUGCACCCAACACCACACCCACCAACACCCCACCCACGCUCCCCUCCCGCCAUUCCACCCUCUCCCUCUCCCCGAACCUCUCAGAAGAUGCCGGGCCUCCGCCUCGGGCUACCCGGACCAUCUCCCUCCGAGGCUCGGUGGCAGGCUUGGUGGCAGGCUCGGGCCGGCGACCAUCUAGCCCCCUCACAUGGCAGUCGAGCAACAGUCCCUUGGGGGCGGGGAGGAACCCAAGCCCUACUGGAGCCCAGGUUGCUGCUGCUGCAGCAGCAGCUGCUGCAGCCAUGGCAGCUGGUUAUGGGGGUGGUGCUGGUACUGGCGCAAGUGGUAGUGCUAAGGGUGGUGGAGGGGGCAGUUGUGGCUCGUUGCCUGUGAUUGGGGGAGUGGCGGUGGAGCCUUGGGAUUGGAGGCAGCAGGGGGGUGGUGGGGGGAAUGCUGAGGAGAGCUGGAGGAAGGCGAAGGAGAAUGCAGACAAGGAGAUACAGAGACUGAGAGAAGCGAUGCGGGCAAUGCAGGCGAGGAGUGCGGAGGUGGAGAGGGAGCGGCAGGCGGAGAGGGAUCUGGCGUGCAAGCAGGUGGAGGCAGCGUUUGCUGCUGCCAGCAGGGCGGCUGCUCGUGCUGCUGGCGCUCGUGACGUCAUCCAAGUGCUCUCUCAACAGCUCACCACUCUCACUCAAGUCCUCCCUGAGGGCAGCACCAGGCAAGUCAGCCUGGCAGUGAACUCCCUACAAGGUGCCGUGGUCUACACAGGCCCCCUCCUUUCCUCCGUCCUCAUUCCUCCUACCCUAACCGAGCUCCCGCCCCAGCAUAUCACCAGCACUGCCACUGGGGUGCCAUCUGUGCAGGCCAUAGUUGGGGAGGGUGCAUGUGGGGAGGGUACAUGUGGGGAGGGUGCAUGUGGGGAGGAAGCAGGUGGGGCGGAUGGGGUUGGCGUUGGAAGGCAAGAUACCAGUGAAGAGGUCUUAAGCGAGCAGCCUGCUGCUGCCUUUGGUGUCACAGAAGGGAGUGGUGCUGGUCUGGGUACAGGUGCGGAUGGUGCAUCCUGUGGCACUGUCGCAUCGACUGAUAUGGCAGGAACUACUGGCAGCAUAGGAACGAUUUCCAAUACCACUAAGAGCACAUCUGUUUCAACCACAAGUAUCAGUACAGGCACCAGCACAGGUGCCACAAAUACAAGUACAGACAGUACCUGUACGGGCAGCAACAGUGCAGGCAGUGGUAGCUGCGAAGGAAGAGGGAGUGGCAGCAGCAGCAGCAGCCAGAACUUAAGCCAGUUGAAACGCAGGGCCAUUCGCAGCAAAGGGGUAGCAGCAGGGGGGAUGCAACCCUUACUCACCAAUUUCUCCUUCAACUCCUGGAGUUCCCUAGACUGGACCAGAGCCAAAUCGCCUCCUGGAGCUGCUGCGGCGGCAGCAGCAGUUGCAGGAAUCGGAGGGAGGGAUGCUGAGUCGAUUGCAGCUGCUGCAGCUGCUUUAGCUUCCCAGCGAGAGGAGGAAGAGGGGUUUGAAGGCUCUGGAGAACAAGCAGCAAGGCCAGAGCUAUUACACGCAGCAGACGCUGAUGCUGCAGAAGCAGGAGAAGUGGCAAAGGGAGCAGCAGCAGCAGCAGCAGAUAUAGUGAAAGGCAGGAAUUUUAAUACAUCUGCGGAUAUAGAAGGGUGUAUUCGCCCUAUGUUGAAAGGGACAACCGCAGAGGAGACCUCACAGCAGGAUGAAGGAAGAGAAAAGAGAGGAAACGGGUAUGGAGAAAGCGAGAGCGAGGAGUCUGCGUACAUCUCAAUGCUUCCGAGGAAAUCAGCCAAGUCUUGGUCGUUCAGAAGCGUUGCAGGGAUCCCAUGGAGCCCUGCUGGUGGGCCAGAUGGAAAUGUUGACUCCCCUCGGUCGCAGUGGUUCGGGCAGGUGAACAAAGGUGCUGGAAAGACGGGCUUGGGGCCUCCUUCUGAGGCGGGCCAAAGAAGCACAGGCUUGGGACCUGCCGUUUGUGCAGCAGCAGAAGGGGAGAAACCACAUGGUGAUGCUCUAGCAGAUGUGGCUGAAAUAGAGGAUGAGGAGGCAGAGGGGGGGAAUGAUGAUGGUGGGGAAGGAUGGGAGGAGGAGGAAAGGGAGCUGGAAGUGGGAGAGGAUGGAGGGGAGGAGGGUCGGCUGGGAGCAGGGCAGGGAGAGAUGGAGGAAAAGAGGGACGGGGGAGGAGAGAUGGGACCCUCGAGCAAACAGUUUGAGGGUGAUGCUGUUUCCCCGAGAGGGGACACUGGCUCUAGGAGAGUACCAGGCAUUGGCAUUCCCCCUGUGUGGAAUGGCAUUGGUGAGAUGACCCCGAGGGUGCAGCGGCCUGGCAGCAGGUUUGCAAUAAAGGAAGGAGCUGACAGGAGCAGUGUGGUUACUGUUGUUCUGAGUAGAGGGGAGAAUGGCAAUGGUGUGCUAAGGGGGAGUGGGGCAGCCGGCAAUGCUUUGAUGGCUAACUCGAAGGGGGCCGAUAGGGGGCACGUAAGUUACCCAUCUGGCCAACAGAGAUAUGGAAGUGUAGUUGAGGGUGCAGACCGUGAAGAGGAGCCGAGCUAUGUUCCCAGUGGGGUGGGCCAGGAGAGGAAGAGGAGUGAUGGAUGGGAGGAGAGUGCUAGCAGGGAGGAAAGUGCCAGCGGGGGAGAGAGCCGUUGGGAGGAAAGCACGGGCACUGCCAGGGAAGAUAGUGCUAGUCGUGAGGAGAAUGGUAACAGGGAGGAGAGUGCUAGCGGGGAGGAUAGGCGGGAGAGGAAGCACAGGAGCAGGAAGCUAGAAGAGGGGGAGUGGGUGGAGCAGCCAGAGCCUGGAGUGUACGUGACCCUGGCAAAGCUGCCUGGCGAAGGAACAGAGCUGCGCCGAAUCCGGUUCAGCCGCAAGGUGUUUAUGGAGCAGCAAGCAGAGACGUGGUGGGCUGAGAACAAGGCAGCUGUAGCUGCUAUGUACCAUAUUAUCAGCACUGCAAAGAAAUCUGCAAGCGACCUAGGGGAGGCCGAAGCCCCUCAAUAAACUGGUUAAAUUAUGCCACUUGGGCGGUUCACAACACCUUUCUGAUAUUAUAGAAUGGAAUCAAGUUGGGCCAUUUGGACGCUAAAUCUAAUGUCGCUGCAAUUUGUGCUUGAAAUGUUGGCUGUAU